AUGAAAGGACAAUUUCAAGUCCAGGGAGCCCCUGGACACUCCAAUAGUGGCGGCCGAGUCGGUAGCGGCGGCAGAGAAAAGCGCAAAGGAACAGAAGAAGGCAACCCGCUUCUACACCCUGCAAACAAAACUCCCGCGUCGCCUUUCGACACUGCAGGAUGGUGCAGCCGUCUGCUUUUUCGUUGGCUGAAUGCUGUUACUGUACGGUGUCUGUACGAGUCAGUAGAUCCUCAGGAGCUGCCUCCUUUACAGAAGGCGGAUAUAAAGGAGAUGCACCGAGGACCUCUCGAUGGCUCCCUCUUGGCUGAAGAGAGGCAUUACUCACGGCCAUCCAUCUUUAGAGCCACCCUGCGCCAGUUCUGGCGUCCCAUUGUUGUUGCGAUGCUGUGGACCAUAGUAAAAGAGUUCUUCAGCUUCGGCAAUACCCUCCUUCUUAAGGAGAUCUUGAAAGAAGGGGAGGAGCCAGCACAAAGCUCUUGGAAACAAGGGCUAUUAGCGGCGGGGACCCUGUCAGCGGUUCAGCUGCUCCUCGUAUGUAUGGACAGCCAUUUGGACUUCUACAUUUGUAGGACGUCCAUAAGAGUGGAGUCAGCUUUGUUGACGUCUAUUUACAAGCGUUUGCUACAUGGACAGAGAGCAUCGGGGGCUGAAGUUGUCCUUAUGAAGAGGUAUACAGACGCCAGGGGGUAUAGCCGGACGCUGCCGCUGCCCUUCAGCGAAGAGGAGAAAAACAACUCAGUAACUCCCGAUUCAGAGGCGGAGAGCAAGAAGGGCGCCAUCUUCAACAUUGUGUUCGUUGAUGUUCCCUCCAUUGCGGAGAUGGUAAUGACUUCUGCUGAUUUGGUCGUUCUUCCUAUUCGUGUCGGCCUUGCUGCUCUUCUCUUGGCCAUGCAGGUUGGACUCUACUGUAUUCCCGCAGUUCUUACCCUGGUGUGUAUUGUUCUCUUUGCCAUUGCCUUGGAGGCAUACAACAGCUUCUUGAAGGUGCCUUUCAUGCAUCGAGUCCGCAGCAGCAACAGGGGCAACAUCAGAAAGUAUAACCAGAAAACAGCAUGCACAUCUCGAAGCAGCAAGCAGCACAUCAGCAACGAUGAUCGCCUGCUAAACCCACAACAUGAACAAUCGAAGAGCCGACCCAACCAUUCUUCAUCUCCCUCUAGCAGCAAGAUUAGCGUGCAGAGACCUCCGCGUCGGCCGCUGCCACGAGUGCCUCACAGAGCUCCGGACGGAGCUGCAACAUCCAUUGGAACAUUUGCUGCUUUUGCCAUUCCUUUGAUCCAAGGCCGCACGGGGACACUGGGGCUCAAGGCAGAAUUGGUUAUCCCCAUUAUUCAUGUUAUGGAUAACUUUGUGGGGCCCAUGGCAGAUUUGCCGUAUACAAUAUCCACUCUUAUUGAAGGCCGCAUUUCCCUCAGCAGAAUUCGCAGCUACAUUUUCCAACCCACCGCCUCAACCUCCCAAGAAGUUGGGGAACAGACGCAACGCAAACCAGAAGAAGAACCCCUGCUUCAACGCACAGACAACAGCCAGCAGCCGCAGCAACAGCAGCAGCAACAGCAACAGCAACAGGAGUUGGUUGAAGUGACAACGAAGCUGCUUCAAGCUGUCAACGACUCGGACGUAAUGAUCCGCUUCCUGUCUGCUUCCUUCUCCUGGCUCUCUCCUGCAGCAGCAGCAGCAGCUGCUGCCGCCGCCGCUGCUGCGGCGGCAGGAGGAACGCCGUCUGAUCAUCUAUCUGCUGCCGUUCUUGCAGGGCAGGCUGGGGAGCGGUCAUUGUCUCCCGUGCUUAUUGUUCCUCCGGUUAAAGAGGGCACAGUUCGUUUGUCUUUGAAUAAGAUCACCCUUGAUGUUAAACGGGGAGAGGUUGUUCUGCUUACAGGGCCACCGGGGAGCGGUAAAACUACUCUGGUGCAUGCAGCCCUGCGUCGCGAUAAUCUGUUUAUGACAGCAGGCGCAUGCUACAUCAGCGGCGAUUUGGGGAUGCUCAACAGCAGCAGCGGGGUGACAGCACAACAGCAGGAGACUGAACCUGCUGCUGCUACUGCUGCUGUUGCUCCACCUUUGGGGUACGUGCCUCAGGAACCUUGGUUGUUUGGUGGCACGAUUCGGGAGAACAUCAUCUUCGGGGAGGCAUAUGACGAGUGGACGUACACCGCAGUGGUAGCCGCAUGCGAGCUGCAGCAGGACUUCUGCAGCUGGCGAAGAGGAGAUCUUCGCAUAGUAGACGAAGGAGGCCUCGACCUCAGUGGGGGGCAGCGCGUGCGGCUUAACAUUGCUCGGGCCGUCUACAGCUGCAAAAUGCACCAACGACGCAUGCAGCACUUCAAAGCAGCAGCUGUAGACAGGCUGCAAACAAAGAAACGCAAACUUGCCGAUGCCAUUAGUUCUGAGGUGUCUAGGCAACUCGGUGCCGCUGCUGCGGAGGUGCUGCAAGCGUUGAAAUCAGAAGACGAAACAGAAAGGGACCUGCAAGGGAAAGCAGAAAGGAAGGAAGAAACUUUCGGGUGUCUGCUCUGUUUUGACGAGUGUUUCAAUCAUUUGGAUUUAACAGUUGCAGGUCAUCUCUUCAAUAAUCUCUUCGGACAAGACGGCCUCCUCGCUGACUCAGCUGUUUUAGUUUGCCUCAAUGACAACUCGUUAAUUGGACUCAUGAGGCAAUACGCAACACAGCAGCAGAAGCAGCAACAGCAACAACAACAGCAGCAACAACAGCAGCAACAACAGCAACAGCAACAGCAACAGCAACAGCAACAGCAACAGCAAUUAACAGAAGGGGGAGCUGCUUCCUCCCCUCCUGUCCGUCGCAUGCAGUUUCAGAUCUGUCGGUUAGUGGACGGCCAAAUAGCGUGGCAGGGAGACGCAGAUAGUUUUCUAAAUUUAAUUUCAACAAAGAAAGAAUCAAAGGAAGAAAAAGAAGAAGCGGAAGAAGGAGGAACCCUCGAAACGAUUGAAAACAUAUUAGCUGCAGGAGAUGGGGAACGUAAAGAGGCAGAAGACGGAGAGCAACAGCAAGAAGGGAUUGUGCGUACACCCCGGCCACAAGCAGCAGAAACCACGGAAGAAAUUAAAAGGCAGCAGAUUUCUAUUUUUGAGCCCCCAAGCAUUCCUAGGACUCUCCCAGUGGCUGAAGAGACAGCCAGCGGACUUGUCGCGGUUUCUUCUUAUUUUUGGUAUCUCAAGCAGACGGGGCGUUUGUUGUCUAUUGUUUUUGUGCUGGUGUUGACUUUUGGCAGCGUCUCAGACGUCCUCAGCGACUUGUGGAUUGCGAAAUGGACAACCAUUGACGAUGGUACAGAGGGGGAAGAGGGAGGCAGCAGCAGUUCCCCCGCUGCUGUUCACAAGCACUUUCUUCUCGUCUUUGUUGCCAUUGUAACGAUCAACAUGACUUUCGAGUUAGCGGAAAAGAUGAUAGGAGCGGGGGGAUCGAUGCGAGCAGCAACAAACAUUCACAAACAACUAUGGAAUGCUGUUUGUACUGCGCCGAUGUGGUUUUAUGAUCAUAACCCUGUAGGCCGCAUUUUAAACAGAUUUUCUACCGAUAUCUCCAUCAUUGAUUUGGGUGGUCGUCCUGAGCUUGGCUUGUUCUUGGGUUAUUCCUGUUUGGCCUAUUGUAAUGUUGGGGUUAAUUCUUGGGCCUCUAUUCGCCUUCAGCUUCUGCUCUUUCCCCUCGUUGUUUUGAAUUCCUUUUUGCCUCGUCUUUCGAGCUUUGCCGGCAGCACUGCAUUUAGCUUGGGAGUCGGCGGCAGCCAGGAAGCACCUGGAGCAGCAGACGCUGCUGCUGCUGCCGCUGCUGCUGCUGCCCACAACAUCGGCCUUAUGGGGCUGGCUAUAUCUUAUUCUCUGUCCAUCGCUGGCGCCCUGCGGCGCUUUCUCAGCAAUGUUACUUCAAUGGAGAAAGAUAUGUGUUCUGUAGAACGUGUACAGAGCUACUUGCUAGACGCUCAAGAUGUACCAGCGGGAGAAGAAGAAAGAGUAUCUGAAGCAGCGGGCGAGGACGACAAAGAAACGAGGGAGAUGAAAGAGGCGCCGUUUCUUCUGCUGCCAGCCCAGCGCUCAGGUGUUGAGUUAAAGAAUGUAGAAGUUCGCUACCGUACGUACACCGCAGAAGAUGAAGGUGCAUCUAGCGAUCAACGGCAGGACGCUGAAAAUUUAUUUGCUGUUUCUCGUGAACAGCACAAGGCGGCAGCAGCCGUCCAAGCAGAACUCCAAACUACCAGAGACUUAGAGGCCAAUCAAGUAGCAACAACAGCAGCAGCAGGAGGGCAUCGACCUGGCUUCCUUCUCAAGCCCAGCAUAAUAGAUUUAUCUGCCCACCGGGGACACUCGGACGAGGAGAUGCGGAGGGCUUUGGCUGCCGUUGGCUUGGAGGGUGUUGUACGUUCUUUGCCUGGAGGCCUUGAACUGAGUACUGUCAUAUGCGGUGGGAACGGCAGCGCAGGUGGUUUUCUUUCUCCUAAUGCUAAUAACCUCCACACUGCUCCAUCAGGGACCAGCAGAGGAGCUAGAGCCCGAACUAAGGCUGAGACCCUCUCCGCUAGACAGAUGCGGUAUCUUGCGUUAGCUCGGCUGAUAUUACAGGAGGAGCAGCUGCGCGUAGUGUUGAUAGACGAGCCGCCUGCUGAGGAACUGUGGGAAGAAGUAGUAUCGCCCCUAUCCGCAGGGGAGGAAGGCGAGGGAGGUGUUCGUACAGAGCAUGGGAGUGGCAUUUCGAGGGGAGGGAGGCCCAUGGCUUCUAUUUUGAAGGAGCACUUUAAAGAAUGCUGCGUGUUCAUUGUAGCGCAUCAUAUUGCUUCCUUAAGGGGAUGUGACCGCGUAUGGGUGUUGGCACAGGGAAGAAAAGCAGCAGAAUGCCUGCCUUCUGCAAUCGACUCGGAAAGCAAAUUCAACGAUUUCGUCAGCAAAUGCAUGCAGAAAACAUAG